AGACAUAAAAUGUCAUUAUUUUCAAUUUUUUUGUUCUAUAACAGAUUUUUCUUUUUUUUUUAAUCACAAAUUUUGCAACGUAAUUUAUUUUCUCUAUAAAUAAAAAAAAAUGUAUUUUUUCUAAAAAUAUUUUUCGUGAAAAUUAUUCGUGUACUUUUCAUUUUCGAAUAAAGUCAAUUUUGCUUUUGUUAAAUAAUUUUCUUUUUAAUAAAUUUAAUUUUCUGUUCAAUUUAUUGAAAUUUUUAAUAAUUAAUUAUUUCUUUGGUAAUAAUUAUAAAAUUAUAACUUCAGUAUAAUCUGAGCAAAAAAAUUGUUUUUUAUUACGCAGAGAAAUGAUUUUUUACAUCGCAAUUAUGUGAUAUUUCUUUUUUUCUCUUUUUAUUUAGAUUAGAAAUAUUUUACUUGUUAUUUGCGUAUGUAUAAUUUUUAAAUUAAUGGAGUAUAAUAUAAUUAAGAACUAGUGACAAAAUUAUUAUUAUUAAUAUUAUUAUUAUUAAAAAAACGAAUAUUAAGAAAAAUUCAUGUAAAACGGGCUUUUUGUGGGCCGAUUAAAAACAAAAAAAAAAAAAUGGAGGAAAAAUAAAAAAACGGCAAAAAAAGAAUGCUCGAUUUUCUUUACUAUCCUUGGAUUUUAAUUAAAAUUCUCCUUUCCGACGACGUUUAGCAUUAAUUUUUAAUAUGUUUUCGAACAAUUUCGCCGAUUGUUUUGAGAAAGAGAAGAAGACACAACAGUCUUGGUUGACAAUUGUUGUUGAAAUAUUUAGUAGAGGAUUUUAUUUUCAUCAAGCAUUAUUUUUUGAUUGAAAUAAAAAUGAAUUUGGAAUAUUAUGAUUAUAAUGACACUGAUGUAAUUGUAAAUAAAACUCGUUACAUUGGUUCGCCUUAUAAAUUACGACAGGAUGACAGCAAUUGGGUUGUUUCGAAUGCCUUCAUUAUAUUUACGAUGCAAACAGGUUUCGGAAUGUUGGAAUCAGGUUGUGUGUCAUUGAAAAAUGAAGUGAACAUUAUGAUGAAAAAUGUUGUCGACAUUGUUGUUGGAGGAUUAACGUAUUGGCUUUUUGGUUUUGGCAUAAGUUUUGGAACUGAGGAGCCGAGAAAUCCUUUUUUUGGAAUUGGAGGCUAUUUAAUUGAUCCAAAAGUUGAUGACGAUAUUUUAGGAGAAGCUUGCGCUGCAUUUCUCUUUCAAUUAAGUUUUGCGACAACAUCGACGACAAUUGUCUCUGGUGCCAUGGCAGAAAGGUGCAACUUUAAAGCCUAUUGUAUUUUCUCAUCAUUGAAUACAAUUGUUUACUGCGUUCCUGCCGGAUGGGUUUGGGGAGAUCAUGGCUUUUUAAAUAAAUGGGGAGCUGUUGAUAUUGCCGGUUCUGGAACCGUUCACUUGGUCGGCGGAGUUUCUGCUCUCGCUUGUGCAAUUAUGCUUGGACCAAGACUUGGGAGAUACGAUAAUGGAAUAGAUCCUUUACCACUCGGUUGUCCCGUAAACGCAAUUUUGGGAUUAUUCGUGUUAUGGUGGGGAUGGUUGGGCUUCAAUAGUGGGAGCACUUAUGGUGUUAAUGGAGAAAAAUGGAAAUACGCCGCUCGAGCAGCAGUCUCGACAAUAAUGGCGAGCAUGGGAGGAGGACUGGUUGGAUUAAUCAUCAGUAUGUCAAGUCCAGAAAAGGGAAUAAAUAUUUUAAGUCAAAUUAACGGAAUUUUAGGUGCCUUGGUAUCAAUUACUGGCGGCUGUUUUCUUUUUCGAGCUUGGGAAUCAGUAAUUGUUGGAAUGAUUGGCGGAUUAUUAACUUGCUUAUCAAUGCCAAUAUUAGACAAAUUAGGUAUUGAUGAUCCUGUUGGAGCUUCUGCGACACAUGGAACUAGCGGCAUUUGGGGAAUGAUUGCAAUAGGAUUUUUCGCGGACGAUCCAAAACCGUUAACAACUACAAAAGGGCGAAAAGGAUUAUUUAAAGGAGGUGGAUGGUACCUUUUGGGUAUUCAAAGUUUAACUGUUUUAUGCCUCGCUACUUGGAGUUUCAUCACGUCAUUACUUUUAUUAUGGAUUGUCAAUAAAAUAAUUCCAAUCAGAAUGUCAGUUCACGAAGAAUUAUUGGGAGCCGAUUUAGUUGAACAUCACAUUCGUCACACUAAGAUUGGAUUAACUCGCGCCUUCUCGGCACUGAGGCCAUUUAGCACGGAAGCACGAUUUGCGAAUGUUGUUCCCGUUGGUCAAAAUCCGGGUCAUGAAUCAUUUCUAACGAAAUAUAAACAAUCGAAAAAAUUCGAAAAAAUGAUGAAACUCGUGAGACGUUAUUCAAAAACAAAAAAUACGUUAUUUAAAGAAAAAAAUACAAAGACACCGGAAAUUCCAGCCAAACAGGCGAAUGUCGCAAAAAAUACGAAUAAUAACGAAAAAAAGACACAAUUGGCUUGGAUCGAAUGAGAGAGAGAGAGAGAAAGAGAAACUAGUGUAAUACAGAUAAUAAAAUCAAUAUUCUUGAAUAAAA